GAAACUAACGCCGAUUCGGCAGCGAAGCCAAGACGAGACGAAGAAGAGAAGGUGAGGGAUCGCCGUCGUUUGCCGGAGUUCUCGUGAGCUUCGACCAUGUCGACGGUGUACACCUUGGAGCCGCCGACGAAGGGGAAGGUGGUGCUCAAGACGACGAUGGGGCCUGUCGACAUCGAGCUUUGGCCCAAAGAAGCUCCCAAAGCCGUCCGCAACUUCGUCCAGCUCUGCCUCGAGGGCUACUACGACCGCACCAUCUUCCAUCGCGUCAUCAAGUCGUUCCUCAUCCAGGGCGGUGAUCCCACCGGCUCCGGCACCGGUGGAGAGAGUAUAUACGGCGGUGCAUUUGCUGAUGAAUUCCAUACGCGAUUGAGAUUCAAUCAUAGAGGCUUGGUUGCUUGUGCUAAUGCUGGUUCGCCGCACUCGAACGGAAGCCAGUUCUUUAUAUCUUUGGAUCGGUGUGAUUGGCUUGAUAAGAAGAACACCAUAUUUGGCAAGGUCACUGGGGAUUCCAUAUAUAACCUUCUGAGGCUGGGCGAGGUGGAGGUGGAUAAGGAUGAUCGGCCAUUGGAUCCCCCAAUUAUACUCUCUGUUGAGGUAUUGUGGAACCCUUUUGAUGAUAUUAUCCCAAGGAAAGUCUCUGAGAAGCCUCUCUCACAUAUAAAAACUGAUGAUGGGGGAAAAGCUUUGAGGAAGAAGGCUGAAAAGAAGCUAAAUGUGCUAUCUUUUGGAGAAGAAGUAGAAGAGGAAGAAAAAGAGGUGGAGGCAGCUGGCAAGGAGAAGAUUAAAAGUAUUCAUGAUGUCUUAGAUGAUCCCCAUUUUGUCAAGGAAGAAGUGAAGAGAGAUGAACCAGUUCUAAAUCCUGCAGAAGUUGAAAGGAAAAAGGAUAUUCAAUUAUCUGUCAGGGAGGCCUUGAACUCAAGGAAAGGUGACUCGAAUAAAGCUGAAGGAAUUAAUGCUCCUGAUACUUAUGAUUAUAGUGGCGAUGAUGAUGAUGAUGAUGAUGAUGAUGAUGGCGAUGAGGCUAAGUUUGAUGCACACAUGCGUAUGCAAAUCUUGAGAAGGCGGAGGGAGUUGGGGGAUAUCAGCACUCGUGAAAAGUCAGCCACUGGUAAAUCUGGACAGAAGGAGCGUCAAAAUUCUCCUCCAAGGAGAGACACUGAAGAGGAUGAGCGACGGAAAUUGAAGAUCGAAAAACUGUCUAUGAAGAAGAAAGGUAUAGGUUCUGAAGCUAUAUCUGAGCAGCUGGCGAAAGCAGAUGCUGACUUGCAACUAUUGAACCAUGCGGAGCAAGAAAGACAGAUGCAGAAACAGAAGAAACGUAGACUCCAUGGCCGUGAGGAAGAUACGCUAGCAAGGCUGGAUAAGUUUAGCAAGACCUUAAGUACAAAGCUAUCUGUACCUGGUAGCAGUAAAAAUUCCAUGGAGACUGAUGAGGAUAAUGAGCCAGGGUGGAUGACAAAUCAGUUGAAGUUCAUUCCUGAUUCUUCUGAAAAGGAUGGUAUGGCCCGGAAAGAUGAUCCAAACGAAUAUGUUGUGCUCGAUCCUCUUUUAGAGAAGGGGAAAGAAAAGUUCAAUAGAAUGCAAGCAAAGCUUAAGCGUCGGGAACGUGAAUGGGCUGGAAAGUCUCUUACCUGAUGGUUCACUUCAAUGUCAUAGAUCCAUGGUAACUAUGAAUUAUUGAUGAUGAAGAUGGACUCAUUAAUUAUAUCUGUUCAUCAAACGCUGGGGAAAGAUCUCACAUCUGCCAAUUGUAUAAUGACCAUGUACCAUAAGUUGCGGUUUACGCCAAGGCCUCAUAUAUCAUAACCAGUUUAAUGAGAUUAUAUUGCAAGAAACGCUUUUGGUUAUAUUAGUGUAUAUGUACAUCCCUGGUAUGUUUCAUGUUUCUGGCUUGUUUAAGCUCUUUACUUUUA